AUGUACCCCAGGAACCAAUAUUGUAGACAAUCCAAUGUCUUCAUUGAUGAUCUGGAUGAUGGAGCAGAGUGCAACCCCAGCAAGUUUGCUGAUGACAGAAAACUGGGAGGGGUGCCUGAUACACCAGAGUGUCAUGAUGACAACCAAAGGGAUCUGAGAAGGCUGGAGAAAUGGGUUAACAGGAACUUCAUGCAGUUCAAUGAAGUUCAAACAUCAAAAACCAUAAUGCUACUGCAUGACCUGUCCUGACACUAUAGAGAAAAUGAGGGACCUGAAAUCCUAUCAACAACCUUUGAAUCAAGUGAGGUACUAACUCCACCCCAAGUUCCUUCUCGUCCAACUGUCUCACAAGACAGAUUUAAAGAGUUCAGGAAAUUCUUUCAUUGCUGCGAGCUUCCUUGAAGAGCCAAAAAGGAGCAUGGAGGAAUUGCACUACCUGUACUGCCAGAAGGCAACAGAGCAAAGGCAAAGUCUCCAUGUACAUUUGUUAAAGGACAUCGACCUUACGGUAGUGGCCUAGACCCUUGGCCAAAGCUUCCUGUUGAGCAAUAUUAUAAUGUCACUCAGCUGAAAAAAAGUGAUGUGUGUAUGAAUGAUGAACUGCUUCACAAACCACCAGACAGUUUGGCUAAACCACUGUGCCUGCCAUUUCCCCACCUCUCAUUCCUACCCUACACAAACUCUAGAUUUGCCAUGUUCCCAAACUUCAGAUCACCUGAGGAUCACAGAGACACUGAAAUCGAUGACAGUCAUCAGCCCUUCCAUCCCAAUAUCUCUAUCAAGGCUUUUGACAUGGUUGUUCUGAGGAAGACCAGAGGUAAUCCAUAUAGGCGUGAAGCCGUUAGUAUCCUCUCUGACUCCCUGAAGAAGAGUUGUUACACAGAGAGCUCCUGUACUGUUCCAGACACAGGCCAUGAGUUAGGCAUCAGGCAUACGAAGAAACAAUCAAUACGCAAUGAAGGGACUCUAGAGAUCACAACAUACAGUCAGGACUUCACAGGAAAAGGUCCUAUAUAUCUCCUUAUCCUGGAUAACUAUUACAUGAAAGCAGUUUGCACAUUAACUGGAGAACUAGGUAAAGACGUGAAACUAGCAAAAACAUUUCUACCUAGUCUCUCACAAGCAAGACCUCCUGAAGGGCACACUGCAUGCUUACUUUGAGGUGAACAUCCUCAUGAAUCAAUUCUGCAAGAACAAUACUCCUUCAGUGUUCAGAUGCCUCCACCUGUAUCCAGCAUUCCUACUGUCAUAGCCAGCUCCUCAGGCACAAUGCUGAGUGAAAUAAAAGCAGCGGUCAGCCGAGGUCAGUGGUGCAAACAGCGGUCAGCCGAGAUAUGCUGCCAGAAAAUUCCUUAUCUUGAUAUAAGCCCACCAAUAAACAACCUGCAGAAAAUCACUGACACGUGGCAAACAGAAGCAUUGUAGCUUUCAGGAAGGCCCAAAUUUGAAUCCUUUCCAAAAUCUGCAUGUUUCCUUUCCUGGAAAGGCUUCAAGCCCAGACACUUGGAUCAACAUAAAAUAUGGGAAACGCGAGUUAGUCUAAGUAAACCAAGCUUAUCACUGGAUGUAAUGAGUGAGGAAAGCAGAAUUUUCUUGCGCAAACUCUGGGAUCAAGAAGCAUGUCAGCCUGCAUGGAGACCAGAGAACGGGCCAAGAGAGACAACACUGCUUGAAUGGAUCCCUAGCUGUGAGGGUCAGCAGCAGACAGCACUGCUGGAGUUGCAGCAUUCCUUCUCUAAGACAGCAGCACAAAAACAUUUACAUGAUUCAGUAAGAGAGAAAAAAUACCUCAGAGAAAACACUACUGAGAGAAAGAGACACAAGUUCUAUUUUUUCCGUGCUUUUUAUUUCUUUAACUGA